AUGGGUUUUGGUGGGCUGCAGGACGCCCCGUCCCGCCCGGUCGGCCCGUUUGAUGCGUCUAUAAAACGGCCUUCGUCUUCAACAAUUGUCUUGCGUGAAAUGGAGAUUGAUCUGGAAAAACUUCCAUUUGACCUUGAUUUUCAUCCAUCAAAUAACCUAGUUGCUGCUGGUCUCAUCACCGGCCAACUCCUUUUAUAUAGUUAUGCCGCUGAAUCUACCCCACAGAGGCUGCUGGUAGUGGAUGCUCAUACUGAAUCAUGCAGAGCACUCCGUUUUGUCAAUGAAGGGCGUGCUAUGGUAUCAGGGUCUCCAGAUUGUUCCAUUCUCGCCACUGAUGUAGAAACUGGUGCAGCAAUUGCACGUCUUGAGAAUGCCCAUGAGGCUGCUGUAAAUCGAAUAGUGAACUUGACAGAGUCAACAAUUGCUUCUGGAGAUGAUGAAGGUUGUAUUAAGGUGUGGGAUACCAGACAGCGUUCUUGCUGCAACACGUUUGAUGUUCAUGAAGAAUACAUUUCGGACAUGACAUUUGCUUCAGAUUCCAUGAAGUUGAUUGGAACAAGUGGAGAUGGUACUCUCUCAGUUUGCAAUUUAAGAAGCAACAAGGUUCAAACUCGUUCCGAGUUCUCUGAGGAUGAACUGCUUUCUGUGGUGAUUAUGAAGAAUGGUAGGAAGGUUGUAUGCGGAACGCAGUCUGGAACCCUAUUAUUGUACUCAUGGGGAUUUUUCAAAGAUUGCAGUGAUCGUUUCAUUGAUCUCUCUCCUAAUUCUGUGGAUGCCUUAUUAAAGCUCGAUGAAGAUAGAGUUAUCACUGGCUCUGAGAAUGGAAUAAUCAGUUUGGUCGGUAUAUUGCCCAACAGAAUUAUCCAGCCAAUUGCUGAGCAUUCCGAAUAUCCCGUCGAACGUCUUGCCUUUUCUCAUGAUAAAAAGUUCCUAGGCAGCAUAUCACAUGAUCACACCUUAAAGCUAUGGGAUCUGGAUGACUUGCUGCAAGGGUCUGGAGGUACUCUGUCAAAUCAUUCUAAUGCCUCCGAUAGCGAAGGUGACGGGAUGGACGUUGAUGAUAAUAUUCCUAAACCUUCUAAAGGGACCAAGAGAAAAAAUGGAAACAAAGGGCAAAACAUUGGCAGUUCAAACAGUUUCUUUGCAGAUCUGUAGGCAUGCAAGCGACGCAAACUAGGUGGUUUGUGAAUGGGCUGGCAGACCAAAUGGCCGGCUUAUGAUCUUUAUAUUGCUCUUACAUUUUCUUUAAUGUUCUUUGUGGUUGGUGGCAUGAAUAUACAUAGCCUUGAUGAUGAGACAAAACUUUGUGUCGUCCUCUCUCUUGCACAGAUGCUUGGAUAUUUAAAUUUUUGAUUUUGUUUGGAUUUUUUGGUUUG